AUGCCAAAAAUAAAAACAUCCAAAAAGAAAUAUCCUAGAGGAUGGGAUAUUAUAUCACCGACAUUGGAUGAAUUUGAUAUAAAAAUGAGAGAAGUCGAAGCAAGCCCAUACGAAGGUAAACGUAAAAAUGAAGUAAAUUGGCCAAUAUUUAGAAUUCAUCAUCAAAGAUCAAGAUAUGUAUAUGAAAAAUUUUAUAAAAACAAAGAAAUCUCAAGAGAAUUAUAUGAAUUUUGUUUGACAGAAGGUUAUGCAGAUAAGAAUUUAAUUGCAAAAUGGAAAAAACCUGGAUAUGAAAGACUUUGUUGUCUUAAAUGUAUUCAAGAUUUAAGCCAUAUCUGUAUUUGUAGAGUGCCUAAAAAGGAUUUGACUAAAGGAACAAUUUUAGAAUGUUCCAGUUGUGGUUGUAAAGGUUGUGCUGGUGCUUUUUCAAAUAAAAAUAAAAAUAAUAAAAAUAAUAAUGAUGAUGAUGAUGAUGAUGAUGAUGAUGAUGAUGAUGAUGAUGAAAACGAUAAUGAUGGUGAUAAUGAUAAUGAUAAUAGCAAUAGUAAUCAAGAAAGAGAAAAAGAUAAUAAUAAUAAAAAAAAAAAUAGUAAUAGUGAAAUUGAUGGAAAUCAAAAAAAUGAAAGCGAUAAUGAAAGCGAAAAUGAAAGCGAAAAUGAAAGUUAA